AUGAAUAUCUACUGCUGCCUGUUAGCCUUAGUUCUGGGCUGUAACGCCAGUGCGGGAGCAGGAAUAAUCCAUAAAACAAUCAAGGAGAAGGACCCCGUCACUCUGCCAUGUCCUCACUCUGUGGAGGGUAAAGUGAUGUGGAGCAGAGAGAGAAACGGACGCAGGGUCGACAUACUUCUAAUUGACGGUGACCGGGACAUAAGACUCCUUCAUAAACCGUAUAAAGGAUACAGCUCGUUGGCAGAUAAAUCUCUGCACAUUGUCAGAGCUGGUGUCUCAGACUCUGGAAGAUACUUCUGUGAUAAUAAAGUGGCUGCAGAGCUGACGGUGAUCCCAUCAGGAGCAGGAAUAAUCCAUAAAACAAUCAAGGAGAAGGACCCCGUCACUCUGCCAUGUCCUCACUCUGUGGAGGGUAUCAAGACAACACUCAGAACAACCUUAACACCAACAACUCCAACUACACCGACAAGAAAAACUGCAGCAACAACAUCAACACCAACAGAGCAUCGUCCAGCAGCAACAACAGCACUAUUUGCACCAUCUGCAAACACUGAUACAGCAAAGAAAAAAGAUCCGAACAAAAAACACAGGAAGAAGAAGCAUAAAGACCAGAAACAACUUCUUUUUUGGGGGAUUGGAAUAGUUGUCUCCUUCCUCCUGCUCCUCCAACUCAUCAUCAUCUUUUACUUUACUUGGAGACACAGGUUUAAAAACCGAGAAAGUGAAAGAAUGCAGCCUGUCUAUGAUGACAUACAGGGAGGAGUAGUGUUUCAGCCUGCAAGAGAUGAAUCAGAUCCAAAUGAUCCCACAUAUUGCACCAUCCCUGAUCUUCCACCAGGGGGAAGGAGGUAUGAGACAUUGCGUCCAAAUGAGUCCCCAUAUUCCUUGAUCGGCAGCACUUUCCUCAGAGGAAAUAAUGAAGGUUCGAUGCAGCUCAGUGACAACACGUAUUUCUUACUGGAGAAACCGAAAGAACCUGAAAACAACAACGACCAAUCUAUCGUUUGACCUGUACUUCUACUUCUGCCUUUGUUGUUAAUCAGUGCAAUUAAUCGGUGAGGACAAAAACAAGAGCAGUAUAGAAAUCUAAUCAAUUUAAUACACUCUGACAUCAAUCAGCCAUUGAGUGCAAAGACGGAAAAUGACAAAU